UUCACGCUCCGUCAGUCUGUCGGCAACCUGCGUACCAGUUGUGUCGCAGCGCUCACGUAACAAAAUUCUUAUUAUUAUUACCAUCACUCUUUACUUGCCUUAAAACUUGAUCGGUGGUGUGUUGAUUCUCGUUUUCCGACUUCGUUGCGCGCGUAUUUCAUUUCACGACACCGUCCCAAUCUCUUUAAUUAACGUUUUCAUCGUCCAACCAGGAGGUCUCGCGCUCAUCGAAGAAAAUCGCCGUUGCCGCCGCCACCGCCGCCGCCGCCGCCGCCGCCGCCGCCGCCGCAUCACGUCGUCCGCGCUCGCGCAUGAAACACGCCACGACCCGCGAUUGUACGCGCGCAUCAUACGGGGCGCACCGAUAAAGUGACCGAGAGACAGAAAAUUAUCACGAGGGAGAGAGGGAGAGAGGAGCCCGAAGACGUCAAGUACGAACCGAUCGCCUGCAAACCUUAUCCGAUUGCCGCUUGUACCUACGAGCGUCGCUGGCAUUUCGGAGUAUUGCUGCGUGUCAACCAUCCGGUACGUAGCAAGUCGUACUCGUACCAUCAGUACGCCUCGCGCAUCCUCGUCUUCGCCGUCAUCAUCGCCGUCGCCGUCGUCCUCUUCGUUGUCAUAGAGUGCAGCCGCGUGACGCAACAGCGCUGGAGUUCAUCAGUCGGGACGUCAUCAGACUCGUUUUACCCGGUGCAUGGGCCACUCUUCACCAAUAGAUGAACACCAUUCCUGCUUACAGGAAUUACAUCGCCGGAUCGUUGCCGAUCGCGUUCACCGCUGGCUGCCCUGCUCCACCUCCACACGGCGGGCACGCUGCUGCUGGUGUAUCGAUUGCUCUAAAAUAGACGCGUGGGAACAACACCUGCAGGCCAGGCGUACACGUACACACAUGCCGUUCGCAAGCGCAUAAACGCGCAACAGACUAUACACGUCUGUGUUUCACGCUUCGUACACUCUCAUACAUACGGCGCGUUCAUUCUCUCCCUCUCUCUCCCUCUCUCUCCCUCCCUCUCUCUCCCUCUCGCUCUCUCUCGCUCUCUCACUCUCGCUCUCGCUCUCCGUCUCGCUCUCGCUCUCGCUACUUCUCGUCGUUACGCUGCCACGACCCUCUCGCAGCAGCAACGUGUGACAGGUGCAACGACGGCGACAUCGUCGUAGGGUGGUCGGUGGUGGCGCUGGUGAAGAGCCGCAGCAGGAAACGGAAGAAGAAGUGAGUCGGGUCGGGGUUGCGAGAAAACGCGAAUAAGAAGAGAAAAAAAAAAGUAGAAAAAUCUAGGAAGAGAAAACAGAAGGAAGAGAGAAAGAAGAAAAGAUAACCGGUUGAAGGGGCGAGAGAAGGAUCAGAUCAGGGAAGGAGAGGAGGCGUGGAGAAGAAAGAAGAAGGAGAGGAAGAGGAGGAGGAGGAGGAAGAGGAGGAGGCGGCCGCGGCCCCCGUGUUUCUUGCGAAGGGAAGGUUAUUUUCCAGUGAUACGUCCUGGAGGCGCCCGUCGUCUUCGCCGGUACAACCAUAACGCCGCCCGCUUUAAAACGACCGAGACGGGACACGGUGGAUUCAUCGCCGCCACCCGCUCGUACCGCAGCCCCCGGCAACCCCGGACCGUCCGGCAAACUCGCCUGCAUCAUGGACGCGCCGCUAUCGCAGAGCAUGGACUCCGUUAACACGGUGGCCACCGGCGAAGACGAGGUGCGCACCUUGUUCGUGAGCGGCUUGCCGAUGGACACCAAGCCGAGGGAGCUCUAUCUGCUUUUCAGAGCGUACGAGGGGUACGAAGGGUCGCUGUUAAAAGUCACGAGUAAAAAUGGGAAAACAGCGUCGCCGGUGGGAUUCGUGACUUUUCACACAAGGGCAGGCGCGGAGGCGGCGAAGCAGGAUCUACAGCAGGGGGUUAGAUUCGAUCCUGAUAUGCCACAAACCAUACGUUUGGAAUUUGCAAAAAGUAACACAAAGGUUAGCAAACCCAAGCAACCAGCCGCUGCAGCAGCCACCUCGCACCCCGCUCUGAUGCACCCUUUAACGGGACACCUAGGGAGUCCGUUCUUCCCCGGUGGUCCUGAAUUGUGGCAUCAUCCAUUGGCGUACUCUACAGCUGGCGAAUUACCGGGCACGCUGCAACAUGCGACGCUGGUGCAUCCGGCGUUACAUCCUCAGGUCCCCGCGCCUAUGUCCCUGCCGCAUCCUACGACGUUGACGUCGAUACACGCGUCGCUGCCUCAUUUUCUACCGUCGCCGGCACUGGCGUCACCGGUCGGAUCACCCUCGUCACAGCCGAACAUAGCCGUCAGCAAUGCGCAGUGCUCCACCCUCUUCGUGGCGAACCUGGGCCAAUUCGUGUCCGAACAUGAGCUAAAGGACAUCUUCAGCAGUUUUCCUGGUUUCUCCCGGCUUCGUAUGCACACGAAGGGAGGGUCGCCAGUGGCCUUUGUCGAAUAUCAAGACGUUCGCUACGCGGCCCAGGCGAUGGCCACUCUCCAAGGAUCCUUUCUCCUCUCCUCCGACCGGGGAGCGAUACGAAUCGAAUAUGCAAAGUCAAAAAUGGCCGAGGUGGGCUUUACAAAUCUCUGGAUCGAAGGAUCAAAGAGACAAGAAAACGGCCAACCUUAAGAUUGACAUCAAUGGCAUGUAAAAAGGCAGAGUGUCGGGCAGCCCGAGGAGACGACAGAACGCGCUUUGAGACAGGAUAUCCACCGGAAAACAAGACGAGGAAGAACCAUACAAGAAGUCGCACUGUCGAGCAGUUAAAGAUUCGUCGGCGAGAGAUCGCGGGAAGCAAAAGGACGCAGGAGCAGUAUAACACACAUACAAGAUAUAUAUAAAUACAAGAAAGAAGGGAAGAGAAGAGAUGCAAAAAUUGCGAGCAUGGAAGAGUAAGAUUUCGCUCUUCUGCCCGAAAGGGACACA